AGAAUCGACACACACUCACAGCAUGAUGACCUCUCACCGCGCCGGGCCCUGGCUCGUCACGUGCAGCGCUUUGGUUGCCUGUUUGCUGGCGAGCCAUGUGGAGGAGUCGACGCUGGCCGUCGACCUUCAGUAUGCGCUGCAUCCCCCGCGAUUCAGCACGCAUGUCGUCACCACGUUGGCCCAAUUUGCGAGCUCAGUGUUUGCGGCUGAUUUGAACAACGAUGGUUAUCUCGACAUUCUCAGCGCGACUGUUCGGGGCAAGGUUGAGUGGUACCGCAACCAUGCGGAUGGCACCUUUUCCAACCCAAUCAGCAUCUCCACGAUCAUGAGCCGGACGCAGUCGGUGUACGCCGCGGACCUGGACAACGAUGGUAGCCUUGAUGUUUUGAGUGGCAGCAUCAACGACAACAACGUUGUGUGGUGGCGCAACAACGGCAACGGUACCUUCAUGAACGAGAUGCUCAUCUCCGAUGCUGUCGAUUUUACCAGCAUGGUAUAUGCAGCCGAUCUGAACAAUGACGGCCGUCUCGAUGUUCUCAGCGCCAGUCGUGAUGACAAUAAGGUUGCAUGGUACCCCAAUAACGGCGAGGGCAGCUUCUCCGAUCAGAGGAUCAUCACGCUCAACGCCCUGGGGGCUUCGUCAGUGUAUGCAGCUGACUUGGACGGGGACGGCCACCUCGACGUUCUCAGCGCAAGCAGCGGUGACAACAAAUUGGCGUGGUACCGCAACGAUGGCAAUGGCACCUUCUCUGGUGAGCUUGCCAUCACGACGGAAGCCGACGACGCGGUCACUGCUCACGCGGCUGACCUGGAUGGCGAUGGCCACCUCGAUGUUCUCGGUGCCAGCGUGGGCGAUGACAGAGUUGUGUGGUAUCGCAACCAAGGCAAUGGUACUUUUACCGGCCCCAUCGUCAUCACCACCACCGCCAGCAAUCCCAGCUCGCUCUAUGCUGUAGACUUGGACAACGAUGGCCGUCUUGACGUCCUGGGCACGAGCGAGCUUGAUAACAAGGUUGCCUGGUACCGCAACAAUGGCGACGGAACCUUCUCGAGUGAGAAUGUCAUUUCCACCGCUGCCGCUGGUGCCAGUUCAGUCUAUGCGGCGGAUUUGGACAAUGACGGCAGCAUUGACGUCCUCAGUGCCAGCAGUAGAGACGACAAAAUUGCGUGGUACCGCAACGAUAACCCCAUGGCAAAGUUCCGCUCACGACAAACCGAAUGAGCUCACGCUCAGGCAGUCGGCAAAUCGAAUGCGGCUUUCAUCACACCAGCUCCCUUUGUCUUGUCGAUUCGUGUGCCCCAUCUAAAUCACCAACCAAGGUUCUCUCCCACACUUUCGCACAUGCCGCACACAAGCGCACACAAGCACACCGAUGCCCCUUGCCUGUGACCUUGUUCUUCCUGCUUCACAUCAAGUUGUGUAACAUUAUAUAUCCCCCCUUAAUCGAACAUUCAAUCGU